AGCCUAGGCAACAGAGCAAGACUCUGUCUCAAAAAAAAAAAAAAGAUACAAACCAACAGUGCACAAGUCAUAGGAGAACGACUCAGUAAAUCCCCACAAACUGAACAAACAGCAUCACCCAUAUCUCAGAGCCUCCCUUGUGUCUCCUUUGAGUCACUACUGACCCUGGAGGGACCACUCUGUAGAUCACUUUGCCUGUUUUUGUACUUUAUAUAAAUAGAAUGCAGUGGAUGCUCUUUCAUGCCUGGCUUCCUUCACUCACCAUUAUGCUUGCAAGAUUAUCCACGUUGUUGCUGACAGCUGUAGACAGUUCUCAAUGCUGUGUACUAAUCCACUGGGUGAAUACCUCACCCACGUUCUGCUUCUUGCAGGAGAAACGCGUUCUCAGACUAUAAUCAUCCUUUGCCCCAGCACAACUGGCGAUAGCGGAGUACAGCUUGCAGACAUCUACAGGCUGCGGUUACCUGUGAGCUCGUAGUCCUUCGAACAGCUGCCUCCCUCUCCAGAAGGCUGCCUCCUUGAGAAUGCAGGCUGCAAAGGCCAAAUCACUGUCAACUUGUUGCUCAAACCAGGCCUCUGGGCUGUGAACAGCCCUCUCGGGCAACGUGGGUGCUGGCAACAGCUGCAACCAUGUCUAAGGCUGGUUCUAGGAGGUGUGCAGAGAGAUGGGCACAAGGCAGGCGUGGGCUGACAAGGGCAUUCCGAAGGAAAGUGCUGCAGUCUGGAAUGUCACCUCCCCUGCUCUGUGCUGGGUGCUGCUCCUGGUGAGGAAAGGCCACAGCAAACCGGUCAGUGGGGGCAUGGGAGUCCCUGUGGGGCACGUCACAGGCCCCACCUGGACGACCCAUCUGACUCCAUCGUGGGUCCUCUGAGCCUGCCCCGGCACAGCUGCCUUGCCCCAGGGCCCUCAAGUAGCCUCACAAAUCCUGCCUGGGUUUAACAGUCUAAUCAUCAAGAAACUCCUGACCGGGUGAGGUGGCUCACACCUGUAAUCCCACCACUUUGGGAGGCCAAGGCCGGCCGAUCACUUGAGGCCAGGCGUUCAAGACCAGCCUGGGCAACAUGGUGAAACCCCAUCUCUACUAAACAUACAAAACUAGUAGGGCAUGGUGGUGCACGCCUGUAAUCCCAGCUACAGGCUGAGGUGGGAGGAUCCCUUGAAUCCAGGAGGCAGAGGUUGCAGUGAGCCGAGAUCGUGCCACUGCACUCCAGCCUGGGCAACAGAGCGAGACUCCGUCUCAAAAAAGAAACAGACCUUCUCACACCCAAUAGAGAGAUGGGGAAGGAUGAGAAGAGAGUGGUCUCAGAAAAGGAAGUAAAGUGGCUCUAAGAGCAGGAGAGCUGCUUAUUUUCACAGAUAAAUGAACUUAAAGAGGCACCGAGUUUUUUUUUUAUUUUAUUUAAAAAAAAAUUUUUUUGAUACAUAUUAGAUGUACUUAUUUUGGGGGUACAUGUGAUAAUUUGAUAUAAUCAAAUCAGGGUAAUUGGGGUAUCUGUCACCUUUUCUUUUUCUAAUACUAGGAACAUUUGAAUCAUUCUCUGUUGUGGUAAUCAGACCCAACACCAGGUCGUGGGGGUGAUGAAGUCCGGCAGAGUCAAAGGAAUGAGAAAAAGACAGUUUGAGAGAGAAAGUGGGACCAGGGGACCAUCGCGAGUGUGGAGGCUGUGAAGGCCCCUGGGCACUGGGAGCCCAGGCUAUUUAUUGGUGCUCAAAGAGGCGGUGAGGAUGUGGAGGUUGAAAGGAAAUAGUGUAUCAAGUGAACGAGAAACAUACGGCUGCUUGAGAUAAUGGGAGUGCUAGAAGCAAGGAGCCAGCAAGUCUAGCAGACAUGCAAGCCCUGCCUCAGCUUCUCUCCCAACACUCAGCUUUUCUCCCAACAAUUCUCUUCUAGCUAUUUGGAAAUGUACAAUCAAUUAAUGUUAUCUAUAGUCAUCCCACUGAUCUAUUGAACACUAGAUCUUAUUUCUUCAAAGUGGCACUGAAAUUUUGUCAUGUUUCAGAGUGUUGGAAAAUAAUGGUGGUCUCCCAUUAUUGGUGGGAAUAUAAAUCGGCACAACCUUUGUGGAGAAAAAUUUGGAAAUCUCAAAAUUACAAAUGCAAGUGCCCUAUGGUGCAGCGAUUCUACUUAUAGUUGAUUCUAUGCAGAUGCUGGUGAAAUUGUAUUCCAGUAUUGGCUGUAACUUAAGCAAAAGAUGAGAUGAAGGAAGGAUCCACCUUUUUUUUUUUUUUUUUUAAGAGAGUGAGUCUUGCUCUGUCACCUAGGCUGGAGUAGGGCGGAACAAUCUCAGCUCACUGCAAUCUCCGCCUCCUGGGUUCAAGCGAUUCUCUUGCCUCAGCCUCCUGAGUAGCUGGGGUUACAGGCAUGUGCCACCACACCUAGGUAAUUUUUGUAUUUUUAGUAGAGAUGGGGUUUCACCAUGUUGGCCAGGCAGAUCUCAAAUUCCUGACAUCAGGUGAUCCACCCACCUCGGCCUCCCAAAAUGCUGGGAUUACAGGCAUGAGCCACCUCACUUGGCCAGGAUCCACUUUGGAUGUAGAAACCCAUCAAUAAGGAAUUGGUUCAACCAUGGUGCAUUUAUUUGCAAGGAAGAGAGGGAGGAGAGAAGGGAGGAAGGCAGGCUGGCUUUUUAUGGUAUUAUUAUGAAAUCACCAGAUUACAUUGUUAAGUGAAAAAGGCAAAGUGGAGACCCCUGAGCUACAUAAGCUGCCACUUGUGCUAAAGGGGAAAAAUAUAAUAUUUGCUUUUCUCUGCAUGGAAAGUUUUUGUUGUUGUUUCUUUGUUUUUGAGACUAACAAAAUGCUCUGUCACCCAGGCUGGAGUGCAGUGGUGUGAUCUCAGCUCACUGCAAGCUCUGCCUCCUGGGUUCAUGCUAUUCUCUCCUGCCUCCUGGGUUCAUGCCAUUCUCUUGCCUCAGCCUCCCGAGUAGCUGGGACUACAGGCACCCCCCACCACGAUCGGCUAAUUUUUUGUAUUUUUUAGUAGAGACGGGGGUUUCACCAUGUUAGCCAGGAUGGUCUCCAUCUCCUGACCUCGUGAUCCGCCCUCCUUGGCCUCCCAGAGUGCUGGGAUUACAGGCGUGAGCCACCGCGCCCGGCCAACCUGGAAAAUUUUGCAAGGAAAUACAGAAAUGGGUAACCUCAGGGGACACUGAGUACAUAGGCUGAGGGUCAGGAAUGGGAGACUUUUAUCUUGUAAUGUUUGGAUGUUUGAAUUAUGUGAAUGUAUUACCUGUUUUAAAAAUAGAUAUUUUAAAAACACACACAUUGGGGCAAUCAGGAAUGUAUGGGGUGUGGUUCUGUUCCACAACUCCAAGGAGGUAGACAGGCAUGUUUUACACCAGUUCAAGAUGUACAUUUAUGUUUUAUGCACUUUUCGGUAAAUUGUAUUUAUUCCACAAUUGAAAAGAACAAAAACCCUAGCGACUCAUGGAGUGCUGCCGUGUGCCAGGGUGGGCCUGGCCCCAGUCCCUUGGAACCCUCAGAAGGAAGAAGUCCAGACAGGUUCUCUGGGCCCUUCCUUGCUGGGCAAGCACUGAGGUGGGAGUGGAGCAUGGACCCCCUCAGUCUGGCGCGGUGCGAGGCUGGCCUGGCUGGCAGCGCCUCCCGGCGGCACGGUUGCCCUGUCCGCAGCUGUAGCGUCUCCUGUUUCCUGGGCGCCUCUACUCCAUUGAUGGCCGAGGGGGUCAGGACCCGCCGCCUUCUGCAUUAUUGAUGGUCCUGUAAGGCGGGCACCUCGGGGAGUAGGAGCCUGUAGCCCCUACGAGAGCACAGCCGGGUGGUGCACUGCACAGAAGGUCACCGCGGGAGGCCAAAUCCCCGGGGAGGGGAGAGGACCUGGGCGUCGGGAAGCCCGUCUCCUCUGGGCCAGCCAUGGGCAGGAACCAGCGCAAAGCGCCCCAGCGCCUGGAGAGGCCCGGGAGGCCGGCCUCAGGGGAGCAGGAGUCGGGGUCGGCCAGCGCGGAUGGCGCGCCCAGCCGGGAACGCCGUUCCGACCGCGGGCAGGCGGACAAGGCGAGACCGGCGGCCGAGCCUGCCACCGCCGGGGGCCAGGGAACCCCUGGUGGCCGCAGGAAGCCCACUGCAGAGGGGAACGGCGGCUGCAGACGUCCAGGGGCUGGGCUGUCCCCGAAAGCCCAGGAGAGGCAAAGCAACGCGCAGCGUCAGGGACGCGGGCCCAGGGGCGGCCGCGGGGGGCGCCUGGAGGAGGGAAGCCUCUCCGGAGGAGAAGAGCUGGGCGGCCGCCGUAGGAGGAAGCGGAAAGAUAAGGGGCCCUCGGCUCGGCGGGGCCGCCGGACGCCCAGGAGCCUCAAUGGGGACACGUCGGGUGGGGACGGAGGCAGCUCCUGUCCGGACAGCGAAACCCGCGAGGCCCAGGAGAGCGGCAGCCAGCGCGGCAGAGCCCGGGAGCUGCGGCCCACGCCGGAGCCUACGGACAUGGGCUCGGAAGGGACAAAAACCGGGCCGGAGUCAGCGCCGGAGCCAAGCAGCGACGGCCUGGUCAGCGUCUGGCCCCACGCAGAUACCCGGGGCCGGGAAGGGUCGUCGGGGACGGGGCCCCUGGGAGCCAGCGAGCAUUCCGGCGGGAACUCCGACUCGAGUCCGCUGGGGACCGGACCUGGACGGGGCUCUCGGGCAGCUAUGGCCUCCAGGACCUUCGAGGACAGCUCGCGGGCUCCUCGGGACACUGGGCCGGCCAAGGACGCGAGCGACAACCGGGCGCAGCGGGGCGCCGAGCCAGAAACAAUGCAGGCCUCGACGGCCCGGGCUCCGCGCCACCAGGUCGGAAAGGCGGUGGGGCGGGUGCCAUCGGCGGCAGGCGAGGGCGAAGCGGGAGCCGCAGCAGGAGCGGGGCCGGAGGACCCAGCCCCGCUGGCGGCCCUCCUGGUGGUCCGCAGGCUCCUCGCGAGGCCCCCGCCAGGCGCCGCUUCCUAGGCCGUGGGCCCCCGCCGCGCUGGCCUCAAGGAGCGGCUCCUGAGUGUAGCGCGAGCCCUGGGCCUCCUGCGCUGGCUGCGGCGGCGGCUGCGGCUGCGGCGGCGGCCACCAGAGGGCGAGGGGCAGAGGACCUGGCCACCGGCGAGCGAGGGGUGGGGCCGCCGGAAGGCAGACGAGGGGCGGGGUCAUGGGAGAGGAAGCGAGGGGCGGGGCCGCGGGAAAGCGGAUGAAGGGCGGGGCCACGAGCGAGGGGACGAGGGGCGGGGCCGCGGGAAAGCGGACGAAGGGCGGGGCCACGAGCGAGGGUACGAGGGGCGGGGCUGCGGGAAAGCGGACGAGGGGCGGGGUCACGAGAGAGGUGACGAGGGCCGGGUCCACCAGAGAGGGUAUGAGGGGUGGGGCCGUGAGCCCGGGCUGCGGCACCGUCUGGCGUUGCGCCUGGCUGGCUUAGCAGGGCUGGGGGGUAUGCCGAGGGCUCCCCCUGGCGGCCGCUCCCCGCAGGUCCGGACAAGCCCAGUCCCCGGCGACCCUUUUGAUCAGGAGGACAAGACUCCAGAUCCCAAGUUCGCGGUCGUGUUCCCCAGGAUCCACAGGGCAGGGCGGGCGUCGAGCAGCCGCAGCUCUGAAGAAGCGUCCGCAGAUGCCCCCACGGGGGAAGGCCGAGGUUGGCCUCGUGCAGGGGCGGGGGGGCACAGUGAGGGGUGCAGGACGAGUGGGGAAGGGGUGUCCGGGCUUCGUCGCGGCUCCCUCCUUGCCCCUACUGCACCCGACGGGCCUUCGCUCGACGAGAGCGGCUCCAGCCGUGAGGCGGAGUUGGAGACCCUCAACGACGAGCCCCCGGUGCACUGGGCGCAGGGCUCAGGCCCCCACGAGGGUCCUAGGCUUGGCGCCGCCGUGCUGCUACCCCGACUCGCCUUGGAGACCCGCCUGCAGCAGGAGGGAGACCCGGGCCUCCGUGGGUCCCUGAGGGAGCUGUGGGAACCCGAGGAUGAGGACGAGGCGGUGCUGGAGAGGGACCUGGAGCUGAGCCUCGGGCCGGGCCUGGAGGCGCCACCCUUCCCCGGUGCUAAGGGCAGGAGCCUCGGAGACGGCCUGGAAGACAUGGAGGACCUGGCGCGGUUGCGGCUGGUGUGUGACAGCUCUGUGCUGCUGUGCCUCAAGAAGAGAUUUCACCUGGGCCGCAUCUAUACCUUUGGGGGGCCCGUCUUGCUUGUUCUGAACCCCCACCGGUCCUUGCCUCUUUUUUCACCUGAGGUCCAGGCAAGCUACCACCCCAGGAAGGCCCUCAGCACCACUCCACACAUCUUUGCCAUCGUGGCAUCAGCCUAUGACCUGGCUCAGAAUACUGGGCAGGACCCGUGCAUCCUCCUGCGCUCCUCCCACUGCAGUGGGCACAGUGGCUCAGGGAAGACGGAAGCCGCCAAAAAGAUCAUGCAGUUCCUAAGCAGUCUGGAGCAGGAUCAGACGGGGAACCGAGAGUGUCAGGUGGAGGAUGUGCUGCCUAUACUCAGCAGCUUUGGCCAUGCCAAGACCAUCCUCAAUGCCAAUGCCAGCCGCUUCGGCCAGGUCUUCUGCCUCUACCUACAGCAAGGGGUCAUCGUGGGAGCCUCUGUGUCUCAUUAUCUACUUGAGACCUCCAGGGUGGUGUUUCAGGCCCAGGCUGAGCGGAGCUUCCAUGUUUUUUACGAGCUGCUGGCAGGGCUGGACUCCAUAGAGCGGGAGCGGCUCUCCCUGCAGGGACCGGAGACUUACUACUACCUCAACCAGGGCCAGGCCUGCAGGCUGCAAGGCAAGGAGGAUGCCCAGGACUUUGAGGGGCUGCUGAAGGCACUGCAGGGGCUCAGCUUGUGCCCAGAGGAGUUGAAUGCCGUCUGGGCUGUGCUGGCCGCCAUCCUGCAGCUGGGCAACAUCUGCUUCUCCUCCUCAGAGCGAGAGUCCCAGGAGGUGGCUGCUGUGUCUAGCUGGGCUGAGAUCCACACAGCAGCCCGACUGCUGCGGGUACCACCAGAGUGCCUGGAGGGGGCUGUCACCAGGAGGGUCAUGGAGACGCCCUAUGGCCAGGUCUCGCGAUCCCUGCCUGUGGAAAGCGCCGUUGAUGCCAGGGACGCCCUGGCCAAGGCACUGUAUUCCCGCCUCUUCCACCGGCUUCUGAGGAGGACCAAUGCACGGCUGGCACCACCAGGGGAGGGAGGCAGCAUUGGCAUCGUCACUGUCGUGGAUGCCUACGGCUUUGAGGCCCUGCGGGUGAAUGGCCUGGAGCAACUGUGCAACAACCUCGCCAGCGAGCGCCUACAGCUCUUCUCCAGCCAGAUGCUGCUGGCCCAGGAGGAGGAGGAGUGUCAGCGGGAGUUGCUGUCCUGGGUGCCUGGCCCUCAGCCUCUGAGGGAGUCCUGCCUAGACCUCCUGGUAGAUCAGCCCCACAGCCUCCUGAGUAUCCUGGACGCCCAGACAUGGCUGUCUCAGGCCACGGACCACACCUUCCUCCAGAAGAGCCACUAUCACCAUGGUGACCACCCCAGCUAUGCCAAGCCCCGGCUGCCCCUGCCCGUGUUCACCGUGCGACAUUAUGCAGGGACUGUCACCUACCAGGUUCACAAGUUUUUAAACAGAAACCGGGAUCAGCUGGACCCUGCUGUGGUGGAGAUGCUUGGCCAGAGCCAGCUGCAGCUGGUGGGCAGCCUGUUCCAGGAGGCAGAGCCCCAGUCCAGGGGAGGGCGAGGCAGACCCACGCUGGCCUCUCGCUUCCAGCAGGCCCUGGAGGACCUCAUAGCCCGGCUGGGCAGGAGCCAUGUCUAUUUCAUCCAGUGCCUCACCCCUAACCCUGGAAAGCUUCCAGGCCUCUUUGACGUGGGACAUGUGACAGAGCAACUGCACCAGGCAGCCAUACUGGAGGCCGUGGGCACCCGCAGUGCCAACUUCCCUGUGCGUGUGCCCUUUGAGGCCUUCCUGGCCAGUUUCCGGGCCCUGGGGUCAGAAGGGCAGGAAGACCUCUCUGACCGGGAGAAGUGUGGUGCCGUCCUGAGCCAGGUGUUGGGGGCCGAAUCACCUCUCUAUCACCUUGGAGCCACCAAGGUCCUGCUGCAGGAGCAGGGCUGGCAGCGGCUGGAGGAGCUCCGGGACCAGCAGCGCUCCCAGGCCCUGGUCGACCUGCACCGCAGCUUCCACACCUGCAUCUCCCGCCAGCGCGUCCUGCCCCGGAUGCAGGCUCGCAUGCGUGGGUUCCAGGCCAGGAAGCGGUACCUCCGGUGGCGGGCAGCUCUGGGACAGCUGAACACCAUCCUGCUGGUGGCCCAGCCCCUGCUCCAGAGGCGGCAGAGACUGCAGCUUGGGCAUUGGCAGGGCUGGCAUAGCAGCGAAAGGGCCUUGGAGAGAGUGCCAAGCAUGGAGCUGGGGCGCUUGGAGAUCCCGGCUGAGCUGGCCAUCAUGCUGAAGACGGCGGAAAGCCAUCGGGACGCCCUGGCUGGGAGCAUCACUGAGUGCCUGCCGCCUGAGGUUCCUGCCCGGCCCAGCCUGACUCUCCCAGCAGACAUUGACCUGUUCCCUUUCUCCAGCUUCGUCGCCAUCGGCUUUCAGGAACCGUCCCUGCCCAGGCCAGGGCAGCCACUGGCGAAGCCCCUAACCCAGCUGGAUGGAGACAACCCUCAGCGUGCCCUGGACAUCAACAAAGUGAUGCUGCGGCUCCUGGGGGACGGAUCCCUGGAGUCCUGGCAGAGGCAGACCAUGGGCACAUACCUGGUGCGGCGGGGGCAGUGCCGGCCAGGGCUGCGGAAUGAGCUCUUUAGCCAGCUGGUGGCCCAGCUAUGGCAGAACCCAGAUGAACAGCAGAGCCAGCGUGGCUGGGCCCUCAUGGCUGUUUUGCUCAGCGCCUUUCCCCCACUGCCUGUCCUACAGAAGCCGCUGCUCAAGUUCGUGUCUGACCAGGCCCCCAGGGGCAUGGCAGCGCUGUGCCAGCACAAGCUGCUGGGGGCCUUGGAGCAGUCGCAGCUGGCCUCGGGGGCCACUCGGGCCCACCCCCCGACCCAGCUGGAGUGGCUGGCCGGAUGGCGGCGGGGCCGCAUGGUGCUGGAUGUGUUCACCUUCAGCGAGGAGUGCUACUCGGCCGAGGUGGAGUCUUGGACCACCGGGGAGCAGCUGGCUGGGUGGAUCCUGCAGAGCAGAGGCCUGGAGGCGCCUCCCCGGGGCUGGUCUGUGUCACUGCACUCCAGGGACGCAUGGCAGGACUUGGCUGGCUGCGACUUUGUGCUGGACCUGAUCAGCCAGACUGAGGACCUGGGGGACCCAGCUUGUCCCCGCAGCUACCCCAUCACUCCUUUUGGCUCAGCCGAGGCCAUUCCCCUUGCCCCUGGCAUUCAGCCCCCCUCACUGCCCCCAGGACCCCCUCCAGGUCCAGCCCCAACGCUGCCCAGCAGGGACCACACAGGGGAGGUCCAGAGGUCAGGGAGCCUGGACGGCUUCCUGGACCAGAUCUUCCAGCCAGUGAUAUCCUCCGGCCUCAGCGAUCUGGAACAAAGCUGGGCUCUGAGCAGCCGCAUGAAGGGAGGGGGCGCCAUUGGGCCCACACAGCAGGGCUACCCCAUGGUGUACCCAGGAAUGAUUCAGAUGCCUGCAUACCAGCCAGGCAUGGUCCCUGCACCCAUGCCCAUGAUGCCAGCAAUGGGCACAGUCCCUGCCAUGCCAGCCAUGGUGGUGCCGCCGCAGCCACCGCUUCCCAGCCUGGAUGCAGGGCAGCUGGCCGUCCAGCAGCAGAACUUUAUCCAGCAGCAGGCGCUAAUCCUGGCCCAGCAGAUGACAGCCCAGGCCAUGUCCCUGUCCCUGGAGCAGCAGACGCAGCAGCAGCAGCGGCAGGCUCGGGCCUCCGAGGCUGCGUCCCAGGCCUCACCCUCAGCCAUCACCUCCAAGCCCAGGAAGCCCCCCACACCCCCGGAGAAGCCACAGCGUGACCUGGGAUCAGAGGGUGGCUGCCUGAGGGAGACCUCCGAGGAGGCUGAAGACAGGCCCUAUCGGCCCAAGAGCUUCCAGCAGAAACGGAACUAUUUCCAGAGGAUGGGGCAGCCACAGAUCACAGUGAGGACGAUGAAGCCCCCGGCCAAGGUCUACAUCCCCCAGGGGGAGGCGCAGGAGGCGGAGGAGGAGGAGGAGGAGCAGGAGGAGCAAGAAGUGGAAACAAGAGCAGUGCCGUCCCCUCCUCCUCCCCCCAUCGUGAAGAAGCCAUUGAAGCAAGGUGGGGCCAAAGCUCCAAAAGAGGCCGAGGCUGAGCCAGCCAAGGAGACAGCGGCCAAGGGCCAUGGCCAAGGGCCAGCCCAAGGCAGGGGGACUGUGGUGCGCAGCUCAGACUCCAAGCCCAAGCAGCCACAACCCAGCAGGGAAAUUGGCAACAUCAUCCGCAUGUACCAGAGCCGCCCGGGCCCCGUGCCUGUGCCCGUGCAGCCAUCCAGGCCUCCCAAAGCUUUCCUGAAGAAAAUCGACCCCAAGGACGAGGCUCUGGCCAAGCUGGGUAUCAACGGUGCCCACUCGUCCCCGCCGAUGCUGUCCCCCAGCCCAGGAAAGGGCCCCCCGCCAGCUGUGGCUCCUCGACCCAAGGCCCCGCUACAGCUUGGGCCCUCUAGCUCCAUCAAGGAAAAGCAGGGGCCCCUUCUGGACCUGUUUGGCCAGAAGCUGCCUAUUGCCCAGACACCCCCACCUCCACCAGCGCCACCACUGCCUCUGCCCGAGGACCCAGGGACCCUUUCAGCAGAGCGUCGUUGCUUGUCACAGCCCGUGGAGGACCAGGGGGUCUCCACCCAGCUACUUGCGCCCUCUGGCAGCGUGUGCUUCUCCUACACCGGCACGCCCUGGAAGUUGUUCCUACGCAAGGAGGUGUUCUACCCACGGGAGAACUUCAGCCAUCCCUACUACCUGCGGCUCCUCUGUGAGCAGAUCCUACGGGACACCUUCUCUGAGUCCUGUAUCCGGAUUUCCCAGAAUGAGCGGCGGAAAAUGAAAGACCUGCUGGGAGGCUUGGAGGUGGACCUGGAUUCUCUCACCACCACUGAAGACAGCGUCAAGAAGCGCAUCGUGGUGGCCGCUCGGGACAACUGGGCCAAUUACUUCUCCCGCUUCUUUCCUGUCUCGGGCGAGAGUGGCAGCGACGUGCAGCUGUUAGCCGUGUCCCACCGUGGGCUGCGACUGCUCAAGGUGACCCAAGGCCCCGGCCUCCGCCCCGACCAGCUGAAGAUUCUCUGCUCAUACAGCUUCGCGGAGGUGCUGGGUGUGGAGUGCCGGGGCAGCUCCACCCUGGAGCUGUCACUGAAGAGCGAGCAGCUGGUGCUGCACACAGCCCGGGCAAGGGCCAUCGAGGCGCUGGUUGAGCUAUUCCUGAAUGAGCUUAAGAAGGACUCCGGCUAUGUCAUCGCCCUGCGCAGCUACAUCACUGACAACUGCAGCCUCCUCAGCUUCCACCGUGGGGACCUCAUCAAGGUGCUGCCGGUGGCCACCUUGGAGCCAGGCUGGCAGUUUGGCUCUGCCGGGGGCCGUUCCGGACUCUUUCCUGCCGACAUAGUGCAGCCGGCUGCCGCUCCUGACUUUUCCUUCUCCAAGGAGCAGAGGAGUGGCUGGCACAAGGGUCAGCUGUCCAACGGGGAACCAGGGCUGGCUCGGUGGGACAGGGCCUCAGAGCGCCCUGCCCACCCUUGGAGCCAGGCACACAGUGACGACUCGGAGGCCACCAGCCUGUCCUCUGUGGCCUAUGCCUUUCUGCCCGACUCCCACAGCUACACCAUGCAGGAAUUCGCCCUGCGUUACUUCUGGAGGUCCCAAGCCUUGCUGGGCCAGACUGAUGGAGGUGCCACAGGAAAGGACACGGACAGCCUGGUGCAGUACACCAAGGCUCCCAUCCAGGAGUCGCUCCUCAGCCUCAGUGAUGAUGUGAGCAAACUGGCUGUAGCCAGCUUCCUGGCCCUGAUGCGGUUUAUGGGUGACCAGUCCAAGCCCCGGGGCAAGGAUGAGAUGGAUCUGCUCUAUGAACUGCUGAAGCUGUGCCAGCAGGAGAAGCUGAGGGAUGAGAUUUACUGCCAGGUUAUCAAGCAGGUCACGGGACACCCCCGGCCGGAACACUGCACUCGAGGCUGGAGCUUCCUCAGCCUUCUCACAGGCUUCUUCCCCCCGUCGACCAGGCUGAUGCCCUACCUGACCAAGUUCCUGCAGGAUUCAGGCCCCAGCCAAGAGCUGGCCCGGAGCAGCCAGGAGCACCUCCAGCGCACAGUCAAAUAUGGGGGGCGCCGGCGGAUGCCCCCACCGGGUGAAAUGAAGGCUUUCCUGAAAGGACAAGCCAUUCGCCUGCUUCUUAUUCACCUGCCGGGGGGUGUGGAUUAUAGGACGAAUAUCCAGACUUUCACAGUAGCAGCAGAAGUGCAGGAGGAGCUGUGCCGGCAAAUGGGUAUCACGGAGCCUCAGGAAGUGCAGGAAUUCGCCCUCUUCCUCAUCAAAGAGAAGAGCCAGCUGGUGCGGCCCCUGCAGCCUGCCGAAUACCUCAACAGCGUGGUAGUGGACCAGGACGUGAGCCUGCACAGCCGGCGGCUCCACUGGGAGACCCCACUGCACUUCGAUAACUCCACCUACAUCAGCACCCACUACAGCCAGGUGCUGUGGGACUACCUUCAGGGGAAGCUGCCAGUCAGCGCCAAGGCAGACGCGCAGCUCGCCAGGCUGGCCGCCCUGCAGCACCUCAGCAAGGCCAACAGGAAUCCCCCCUCAGAGCAGGACCUGCUAGCUUACGUGCCAAAGCAGCUGCAACGGCAGGUGAACACGGCCUCCAUCAAGAACCUGAUGGGUCAGGAGCUGAGACGGCUGGAAGGACACAGCCCCCAGGAAGCACAGAUCAGCUUCAUUGAGGCCAUGAGCCAGCUGCCCCUCUUCGGCUACACCGUCUAUGGGGUGCUGCGAGUGAGCAUGCAGGCCCUGUCCGGACCCACUCUCCUGGGGCUCAACCGCCAGCAUCUCAUCCUCAUGGACCCCAGCUCCCAGAGCCUGUACUGCCGCAUUGCCCUGAAGAGCCUGCAGCGGCUCCACCUGCUAAGCCCUCUGGAGGAGAAGGGGCCCCCUGGCCUGGAAGUCAACUAUGGCUCAGCUGACAACCCCCAGACCAUCUGGUUUGAGCUGCCACAGGCCCAGGAGCUGCUAUACACCACUGUCUUCCUGAUAGACAGCAGUGCCUCUUGCACUGAGUGGCCCAGCAUCAACUGAGAGGAGUGCAGGCCGGGGAGAGAGGAGGAGGCCUCCCCCGGCCCAAGUCUCACCCAGAUGGUCUGCCUUGGAUGCUAUCAGAUCACUGUUCUAGAACCUGCCUCAGCACGGCCCAGCCGGCCCACAUGCAGGCCAUGAGGCAGGGGCUGCUAUCACGUCACCAGCAGGCAAAGAAAACAGCCAGACCCUCUCCAGGACGGCCUGGGGCCAAAGGGGGCUGCAGGAACUCGGCUGGGGCACCUGAGGUUGCCCAGUCUGAGGGAGAUGCCCACCCGACCCCAGGCUCCGCCCAGGCCCCACAUUAGCACAAGCCCAGGCAUGGGAGAAACAGCUGCUGAGGAAAUAAAACUCCCUGGAGAAAA